UUACUUUUCUUUCAUAUUUGCCACUAACUUUAAAAUUCGUUUCACCGUUAGUCACCUGCCGUCAGUCUCCGUUAACUCUAUCAAUUAAUGGGUUUUCACAUUUCUACAUAUUUUGUUAAACUGGUAUGAACUGACACACCGGUUGUACCACCAAUCCAACCAUUCCACUUGCUAAACCGACACAACGGUAUAAACUGGUUUGAUAGAAGUCCAAAUGAUAUUGCUAAUUAGUAAUUUCACCAAGAAAAAAUAAAAAGAUAAAGAAAAGAGAGAGUGGCUGGAGAGUGGAGAGGAGAAGACGACCCAUCGUUUUAGUCCCACAGUCGCAACUCCCUUUAAUCCUUUCCUUCACAAUUCCAAUGUCCAAUCCCAAAACCCCACAGAUAAAAACUCUCUCCCACACUCGCAUCUACACUGACCUCGCUCACUGCUCACUCUUCCCGCUCUCCCUCUCCCCCAAUCUCUCUGUUUUUCCCAUUGACACAACAAGAAAAGCUGCAACUAAAAUGGCUCGUCUUCAACCUGUAAACAGCUCACCCCUUCUCUUCUCCCUCAAAUAAUGCCCCAAGAUCCACAACCUCCUCUUCUUCUCUUCCUCGCAAGAAGAAGAAGAUGGCCAGCCCAUCCCCAGACUCACUCUACCUCUACUGCCUCGAAGACCACGACUUGACACCAGAACUAGAAGAGGAAGAAGAACAACCAGAGACUUGCUCUGCUUUCUGCUGCAACAAUGAUAAUUAUGAAAAUAACGAUAACGAAAUACCCAUUGUCUGCUUCCCGGAGCAAGAGUCUCUGUUGUUGUCAUGGGAAGACGACGAGCUUUCUGCUCUGUUUGCAAAAGAAGAGGAGAACCCAUUGUACAGAGAGCUCGAAUCUAGUCCCAAUCUGGCUAGGGCGCGCCAGGAGGCCGUGGAUUGGAUUCUUACCGUCAAUUCCCAUUACUUAUUCGCGAGCCUCACCGCUGUUUUGGCUCUCAAUUACCUCGAUCGAUUCCUUCUCACUUUCCACCUUCAGGCCGACAAGCCAUGGAUGACCCAGCUCGCCGCCGUCGCCUGUCUCUCUGUCGCCGCCAAAGUUGAGGAGACUCGCGUCCCUCUUCUGCUUGACCUACAGGUUGGGGAGAGUAGGUAUGUUUUUGAGCCGAAGACGAUACAGAGGAUGGAGAUUCUGGUGCUCUCUGCUCUCAAAUGGCGGAUGAACCCUGUAACUCCAAUGUCGUUCCUCGAUUACAUGGCGAGGCGGUUGGGAAUUAAGGACUAUCUCUGCUUGCAGUUCGUCAGUCGAUGCGAGCGGUUAAUCGUCUCAGUAAUCUCAGAUUCCAGGUCAUUGUGUUAUGCACCAUCUGUAGUGGCCGCGACUGCAAUGCUUCAUGUCAUCAAUGGCGUGGAGCCAUAUCUUGGGGCUGAAUACCAACACCAGUUGCUAGACAUUCUGGGAAUCGGCGAGGAGAAGCUAGAGGGUUGCUGUCAACUGGUUAUGGAAUUGGUAUCAUCCGGAAUCCAAAAUGGAAGCCAAUGGAAGAAGCGAAGGAAGUUGGAUUCGAUUCCAGGGAGCCCCAAUGGGGUAAUAGAUUUGAGCUUCAGCUUCGAUUGCUCAGACGACUCUGCAUCUUCUUCUGUGUCUUCUUCUCCAGAGCCCCAUCGGGCGAAAAAGAGCAGAGUUGCAAAGCAGGGUUCCAUCAUCAUUCCUCCCUAGACCUAAUAAAAGGGACACAAUCUGCUUCCUUCUUGCACUCCUUCCUAGCUCUAUAGCUGAAUAAGGAUUCCCAGAUGUUGGGUUUAAGUUAUGAUGUUCUUCCUCGAGUUUAAAUUGCCUACUAUCUCUGCUUUGAUACUGGGACAGGAAAUGUUGUUGGAAUAUUUAGGAAGAAGCAAUGGCAAAGCAGAGAUGGUUGGCAUUUUAUCCAACCGAAAUGGGGAAGAAAAUGGGAAUCUAUAUUAUUAAUUAGAAGCAAUCUAUAUUACAAUUAGUAAUUAUCACCAAAUACAAAAAAAAGGGGUAAAAGAAAUGUUACUUUUUAUAUGUACCUACCUGCUACCACAUAAUGUUCAAUAAAUAAAAAGGUGAAAAGUUU